CGUCUGGGCCAGGAGUUCAGGAAGGGGCCCGAAACGCACCGGCCAGCGGCCAUGGGCCCCCCUGGCAUCCCCAGAGUCCCGCUGUCGGGCCACACCGCAUGACUCUGCCGCCCCCUGCGGUCGCCAGGCUAGUGCCUCUCUCCCGCCUCGACUUUCAAGAGCCUGAAGCCCCAGGCCCCGUGGAGUUGGCCUCAGCACUCACCUGCGCAGUCAUGGAGGCCCCGGGGCCGGGGGGCGACCGCGCCUCCCCAGCCUCGUCCAACCGCAGCCUGGACCUGCGGCGGCUGUCCGCGCACGCCGACUCAGCCUACAGCUCUUUCUCCGCAGCCUCCGGGGCUCCUGAGCCGCGCACGCCGUCGCCUGGGACCGAUCUCCUCCCUUACCUGGACUGGGACUACGUGCGUGUGGUGUGGGGCGGCUCGGCCCCCGCCAGCAGCCUUCGCGCCUCCCCGCAGCCCCGGCCCGCGGCCACCGCGCAUAGUGGGCUGCGGCCCCCGGAGGCCCGGGGGACGCCGGGGCCGCUCAGCCGGCAGGCCACUCCGCUGCUGUUUGCGCUGGCGGCCGAGGCGGAGGCGGAGGCGCGGGCCAUGGAGCCGCCCAGCCCACCCGCUUCACGGGACGCCUACCGCCAGCGGUUGCAAGGUGCCCAGCGGCGCGUGCUCCGGGAGACGUCCUUCCAGCGCAAGGAGCUCCGCAUGAGCCUGCCCGCCCGCCUGCGUCCCCCGGCCCCCGUGCGGCCCCCCGCGGCGCACCCGCGCUCGGCCUCGCUCAGCCACCCCGGCGGCAGGGAAGCGGAACCAAUGCGCUCCGGGGCUCCCUCGAGGGGAACCGUUGGCCGGGGCCGCCUAGCCACCCAGCAGCAGAAGUGGUGUUUCUCCGAGCUGGGGAAGCUAGACUGCGUGGGUCGGGGCAGUGGAUCCGCAGGGGAAUGCUCGAGGGAGGCUGGCUCCAGUUCUGGGGUCGUCAGGCUCGACCCCCAGGAGCAUAAGGUGCCCGCAGAAUUCGAAGGUCACCGGAACAGAUGGCUGCCUGAGACCCAGCCCCAAGGCGUGGAGGACACAGAACCUCGGUACCGGAAGCUCUGUGACACCUAUAGGCCUUCCAGUCGGAGUCAGAGCGCUUCAGGGGAAGUCUUGGCUCUUUGGGGAGGCCCAGGAGGGGUCAUGCCCAUUGUCCAGACUGUUCUCCAAGGAGCAGAAACCCCCAGACCACUGCUUCAGACCAAACUUGCCAGGUUCCUGACCCAGAAGGAAGCUGCAGUGGUGUGUCCUGCAGAGUAUCCCCAGAGCAGUCCCGCUGACUGGGAACAGAGGGUCUCAGAGACAUGUAUGGGGUCUGCCCAGCUCCCAUCCCUUCCAGAUGAUGAGGUUUUCCUGGAGGAAGUCCCCCUGGUCAGAAGGAGAUCACCUCCAGACACCCAUGCCCCCCCGGGAAACCCAACCAGUGUCCAUGUCUCUGAGCAGCAGUAUGGAACUGGCUCAGGCCAGAGUUCUGAUCAGGCUACAGUCCCCCCGGAGCACCCCCUCCAUGAGCACCCAGGGACUGCAGGGGCAGAUGACUGCUGGCAGAGGAUAAAUGGUUCUAUGGGGGUCUCUAAGACCAUAAACUAUAGCCCCCCCAGGAUUGCAAAUGGUGACAUUGCAACCUUUGACCCCAAUGGACUGCUGACCAUUGACUCACUUGGAGCUGCAGAGAGUGACCCUCUCAAACCUCUCCCAGUUGAUGCCCCAGGACCUCCAAGCAACAAUACCCCAGGUGCUCCUGGCCAUAAUGCCCUGGCUUGGGGCACUGGCCAGCCUGGUUUCAGGCCAACAUGGCCCAGUCCUCGCCUUGAGGAGCUUGUUCAGGAGCUGGCCAGACUGGAUCCGUCUAUGAGUGACACUCUCACUUCCUGUCGCAUCCCAGAGCCACCCCUGGACCUGCUAGAUGGGCUGAUUCCUUUAGCAGAGGUCUGGGCUGCAAUGAGGCCACUAUGUGAGGAAGCUGGAAAGGAGGCUGGUUGUAGUCCUGAGCCAGGGUUCUAUCAAUUUAGCUCCAGCCAGCUCCUGCCAACUUCUCUGGAGGAGACGAGGUUUCAAAACCAUACCACCCACCCUGUGCCUGACCAGGCCUGUGGCCAGGGUCUCCCUGAUCCAAAUAACAGCAUCCAAGCCAAGAAAAUGGAGCUAGCCGACCUCCUCCAAAAGAUGCUGCGGAACCUUGAGGCUGAGCAGGAGCAGCUGCACGGGGCCGCCCAGGCUUGGGCCAGGCGCAGGGCUGCUCUGGAGGCCAUGGUGGGCCAGUCCUGUUCUCCCCGAGACCUAGAGCGGUUCAGCAGGUUCAUGGCCGACCUAGAGCGCGUACUUGGCCUGUUGCUGCUGCUGGGUAGUCGCUUGGCUCGCGUGCGGCGCGCCCUGGCCCGGGCGGGGGUAGACAGCGACCCAGACGAGCAGGCCUCUCUGCUGCAGCGACUCGGGCUCCUGCAGCGGCAGCAGGAAGACGCCAAGGAGCUGAAGGAGCAUGUGGCGCGGCGCGAGCGGGCCCUGCGCGAGGUGCUGGUGCGGGCCCUGCCCACCGAGGAGCUGAGCGCCUAUCGCGCCCUACUGGCUGGCAAGGCCGCAGUCCUGGCCCAGCAGCGGAGCCUAGACGAGCGGGUCCGGCUCCUUCAGGACCAACUGGACGCCGUCAGGAGCGACCUUGGCUGUUGUCCUCUGACUCCCAGUCUGGCCUGGCCUCCAGAGACCCAUCUUCCAGAUAAACCGCCCUUCCUUCCGCCCCUCCUCUAAUUACAGGUGGUGGCGUGGGGG